AUGUACAACGAGCCUUACCAAGACACUAACAAGCCUGAAAUAAACAGGAGGCUUCCCAACAAUCAUUUACCAAACGGAUGUGAGAAGCCAUCAAUCGCCUCAACAAAGGCAACAACGAGCCCUUCCAAGUCGACAAACCGUAAAAAUGGUGCAAAAACUGCUAAAAUUGAGACUAAAUUCAAAACUGAAAAGACAGGAACAAAGCCAAUACCAGAAACACCUAAGUUCGUCAAGGCACCUUCCCCUAAAUCGAUUAUUAACAAGACCAAGCCAACAAACAACGACGCUGUUGUCGUCAACUCCAACAACAACGGUAACAACAACUCAAAAUCACAAAAACCAUCUGAAAAGGACCCAGAGAAAAACCGAACCCAAAAACCGCCAUACAGCUACGUGGCGCUUAUUGCUAUGGCAAUCAGAGACUCAAAUGAGAAAAAGCUCACGUUGUCCGGCAUCUAUCAAUACAUUGUCGAUAAGUUUCCGUUCUAUGAAAAGAACAGAAAGGGUUGGCAGAACAGUAUUCGUCAUAACCUCAGUUUGAACGAAUGCUUCGUAAAAGUUCCGCGAGAGGGAGGCGGAGAGAGGAAAGGAAAUUUCUGGAUGUUGGAUUCGAAUUGCGAAGAUAUGUUCGAGAAUGGAAACUACAGGAGACGACGACGAAUGAAGAGGCCCUACCGACCUACAGCGUCUGCAGCGUUGGAUCACACCAGAGCUGCCAUGUUCGGGUUCGUGGACGGUGUGUAUAACCCUUACGCUCAGUUUGGGGUUCACCAUGCUAAGUAUCAUCUUGGCCACUACGGCUACAACAGUUGGAACGCAGCUCAUCAUAACCCUCAUAUUGGAAGUUAUAGUGACGGAUCGACUAAUCCAGAACACAUUGCGAUGCCACAUCCGCAUAUGCCGACUAACCCAGCCUACUAUGGAAGUGCCUGUUCUGUCGGGCCGGGUUUACUACAGACUGGUUACGGCGCAACGAUAAACUCAGGCCACCAGGCCCAUCUAACCGCGCGGCAUUCUGCGGGGAUCGGGUACCAGUAUUCCCCGCAGAGUCCACCUGAGAGCCCCGUUGUCUCGCAGUGCGCGAUGGCGGCGCCUUCAUAUUACCCGGGUGAUACAAUGCUUCAGUCGGGAGGUUAUUCUUGGCCUGAGAAAGCACACCACUAA